AUGUCCUUCAAUCGAAAACAAAAAUUUGCUCUCUCGUCACUGCUUUUGGUGGCCUGCUGCGGACCUCGGGCUUCGGCCUUUACCGCUGUUUCUACUCCUCCUCCACAACGACAACAACAACAACAAUGUCAACAACAAACUUUGACGCAAUUGUGGGCCACGCAAGAAGAAGAUGCUGCCCCAGGUCUCAAAGCUCCCGUCUUGAAUGGCAAGCGCGUUCUUCCCUUUAAAGUGCUCAUGGCUGGUCUUAAGGGUGCCAAAGUCGCUGGAACUUAUGCUGUCCUCAACAAAGACUACAAGCGUGGAUCCGAAGGAUGGGAGCACUGUCAGCACGUGGGUGUUUCUGUGGAUUUGGCGUCCACCUUGCAAGAGCACAUGGACGAAUAUGCCGACAAGAUGGCCCAUGUCCGCGCACUGACCUUUGUGGUUCCCAGUCAAGGGGCCAUGGAAGAGAUUGCAAAUCAAUGGAAGGUUCAAGCGAUGGAAGCUGGCGGAAGUGUGCAUUUUGAUCCAAUCUUGGCAGAUUUGGCAAAGAAGCUUUCCCUUGGUCUGGAGGACGAGGAUGAUGACGACGAUGACGAUUGGGACGAGGAAGACGAUGAAAUCUUUUCCGAAAUGCAAAUGGCAGCGGCGGCCAUGUCGCGGGCGUCAGACGUGAUGGGAGACUCUUCGGCGGCAACAGAAGAGACUCCAGCUGCUUCUGCGGAAAGCGAGGAUGUUAUUUCUCCUUUUGAUGCCAACAAGAAAGAGACCAAACCGGCCAAAAGCACAAAGGAAGAAAAGACAGAGGCUGGAACACUUGUCUUUUCCAAGGAAACGGUCGACAAGGUGUUGGAAGAAGUCCGUCCCUACUUGAUUUCCGAUGGUGGGAACGUGUCUGUCCAGAGUGUAGACGAAGCCACCAAAAAUGUCUAUUUGAAAUUGGAGGGAGCCUGUGGAUCUUGUCCUUCUUCCACAGUCACCAUGAAAAUGGGAAUUGAACGAGUUUUGAAGGAGAACUUUGCCGAUUUGGGCGAGAUAAUCCAAGUCGAGGACGAAGGAGAUGCGAAACCCACGGAAUUGACCUAUCAAGUGGUGGAAGAGGAGGUCAAUCGCAUCAAGGGAGCCAUCCAGGCCAUGGGAGGAGUGGUCAAUAUAUUAAAUGUGGAUCCCAUUGGCGUUGUGGAGAUUGAAUUCCGUGGAGCCAACAAGGUCCGCCAAGGAUUGGAAUUGGCCUUGUUGGACAUCGAUUUUGUCAAGCAUGUCAAAUUUGUCUCGCAAGAGUGA